ACCACCGCGGCCCUGCGCGGCGCCGUCACGCUGCCGCUGGCGGCCUACCAGCACUACGUCCUGGCCAAGGUGGAAAAUUUGCAACCAGAAAUAAAAAAUAUUGCACAGCAUCUUAACCAAGAAGUUGCAGUUCGUGCAAAUCAGUUGGGAUGGUCCAAAAGAGUUGCCAGGCUCACUUAUCUACAGAAUAUGCGGAGACUCGUUUCAGAGCUAUAUGUUCGGGAUAACUGCCACCCUUUCAAAGCCACAGUGCUGGUCUGGAUUCAGCUUCCCAUGUGGGUCUGCAUGUCUGUUGCUCUCCGGAAUUUUAGCACAGGAGCAACACAUUCAGAAGGUUUUUCUGUUCAGGAGCAGUUAGCUACUGGUGGAGUCCUAUGGUUUCCUGACCUCACUGCACUAGAUUCCACUUGGAUUCUGCCUGUCUCCGUUGGUGUCAUCAAUUUAAUAAUAAUAGAGAUUUUUGCUCUACAAAAAAUUGGAAUGUCUCGUUUUCAGUCGUAUGUUACCUACUUUGUUCGGGCAAUAUCAGUGUUGAUGAUUCCGAUUGCUGCGACCGUACCUUCUUCGAUUGUUCUCUACUGGCUGUGCUCCAGCUUCAUGGGCCUUUCACAGAAUUUGCUGCUGCGUUCUCCUAGGUUUCGCCAACUUUGCCGGAUACCAUUGACCAAGGGAGAUUCAGACACUCCUUAUAAGGACCUCUUUGCUGCCUUUUACAUCAAGCUCAUUUCAAGAAAAUAACAUACUUUUCAGCAGUUUUAAAACAGUUACAAGUGUCACUACCACCUUAAUACACUUAGAGAUUUAUUCAGAUAUGAUUUAAUGUGCCUUUAUUUAAAAUCAUGAACUCUGUAAAGUACUGUGGGUUAAAAUAUAAUCCAGUUAUAUUUGACAAUACUUAAAAUCUUUUAAAUGUUAGAAAUGUUGUAUGUUUAAUUGUAUUGUAAGAAUAUAUAACUUUCUGGUUCUGUUUAUAAAAUUACAACUUGCUAGAGGUGGUAGAAAUUUGGAGAACAGGAUUAGAUACUGAAUGACAUCAACUUAUACUGAACAGUCCCACACAUUAAAAUUUUGUAAAACAAGAGAAUCCAAUGAGGUGAUUCUUAAAAUUUUGGAGGUGUGACUGAUCAUAGACCUGUUUGAGCAUCUGAUAAAACUAUGGUUUUCUCUUUAGAAAAAUCCUCAGACUGACAACAUGGGGGCCUUCAUUGGCCACUGCCCUGAAAUGCCUCUGGUAACUCCUGGUUAAGAAAUCGUAUUC